AACUCAGCAAGAUUGGCCACAUAGUUGAUACAAUGCACCAACAUAGAGUGCUAGUUUAAUCUUUGGUGCUUAUUUGUAUUUCAGGGGUAUUUCUUGAUCAAUUUGUGCAAAACAAGUUUGGCUUAGGAGAGUAUUUUAAUAGUAUGAAUGAGGGGUGAAGGGAGAAAAUGAUUAUAGGACAGAUUCUUAGUUCUCUCAUAAUCUUUAAUGGUACACUGGAAACAUUUAUCAGAUUUCUCUUCUGACAAAAUGCUUUCUUUUCACGUCCUACAAGUGCUUUGUUUGAAAGAGAGAAUGGUAGGUAUAUUUUGUGGAAAGUAAAGCUGCCCAUUUUCCCUUCUCUGUAAGCAGUUAGGCUUCAAGUGGGAGAAAGAAGGAAAUGGAAUAGUUCUCCUGCUUCAAACUCUAAUUGAAGGCCUUAACCCUAUACUCUCUCCAUUUGGUGUACGUGUUGUGGAUGCGUGUUUUGGCGCCGUUGGGUAGCCAAGGUGAGUGGGCAGAGGGGUAAGAGGAAGAGAAAUAGCAACAGAAGUAAAGAAUCAAAAGAUGUAAGGGAGACGCGAACAUUUACAAUGUCUCAAAUGUGAAAACCAAAGGCACCAGAAAUUUUGCUUUCUUUUUCUUCUCUCCUCAAACUCCCACUUGAUAAAUUCUGGUUUUUUCCCUAAGAAAUUCAUGAUAGUCUUAGACUGAAGUCAUUUCGAAGUAACUUUCCCCCCUCAUUUUAAUAGAAACAUGAGUCUUUAAACAUAGUGCAGGGUAUGGUUUUUCUUCAUGCACAUGUUAUUGUCCAACUUUUGAAAGGACUUUAGAAGUAAGAAUAACAAUUUUUUAAAAAUUUAUGGUUUGAAUCCUUCACAAUGCCUUCAUGGUGGAUCGAUUUCCAUAGAGGUCUUCCAAAGUGCCAUAUCUUCACUCCAGUUAACCAACUAUAAGAGGGAGGAAGAAUGUAAUCUUCUGACUUUUCUACGUGGGCUGAGUGGACUGGAAAGCAUCCUCAGAAAAUAUGGGUUCUAGUUUGAGUUCUACAACUUGAUGAUUUAAGUAAUGUUUGUCCUUUUGGAACUUCCGGAAGUUCAGUGGAAAAACUACCACCUUAUACAGUUCAGAGGAUUACCUGAGCUCACAAAUGUAAUUCUCUAUAGACAGAAAAUGUAAUGCAAACGUGAACCACGAGUCAUAUUUCCAAGCAGUCGAAUCCCUGAUAUUAGCACUCGGGUUACACGAAAGUGGGGGAAAAUGUCAACUCUGCGAUGUCUCUCCCUUAGGCUGGGCCCUAAAAUUCUUUGGCACCUGGAGGGCUGUGCUCGGCACCCUUACUCGGCCCAAUUGCGCCCUUUGGCUCUUUGCUCACUGAAGCCGCGGAAUUUUCAGCAGCUCUCCUAAACCACGGGAGCGUUUUCUUCCAGUUCUCCCCGUAGACCUCCCCAAGCCUCUCCUACCAUGGCCUCACCCGUAGAAACGUACUACCCGUAUCCACAAUUACUCCACGUUCUCCCUCACGCACCACUGGUGCGGAGGUGGGGAGAAAGGAGGAGCUUGGAUUUUAAUACCUUGCCAGCCAAUCAGCGUGCUGCCUUUCUUCCGGUCAGCAAGCCGACCAAUCCGAGCACGUCAGUGUAAUGUUCGGCUCUACUCGGCUCUUUUCGUCGAUGCGGGCAGCUCCGGGGCAGCCGCCGCUAGAGAGACGCUUUCCUUUUUUAUUUUUUUUCCAUGUGUUCACUUCCGGGUCCGGCGCCGAUCCGGAUGCCCGAGGCAGAAGGAUGUUUGACCUCCGGAUAAGUGAGGCGCCGCUGUGCAUUCAUUCCCGGCUGCAUCGGUGGCGACAGCAGCGACUCGGGCGGCGACUCUCCGGCCAGAGGCGGCGGUAGGAGGCACCGGCAGUAGUGCAGGGACCGAGUCCGAGCCGAGCGGCGUUCCCUCCCUCGCUCGUUCCUUCCCCCCUACCUCGCUCUCUCGCUCGCUCCCUCCCUGCGCGGCUCGCUUUCCUCCUCCGGCCCCGGCGGGUGUGAUGUGCCGUCGCCGCCGCUGCCCCCGCCGCCGCUGACUGACGGACCGGGGGGCGCCGCCCGCGCCCGGGACCGACCCCGCUGCUCGCGGCCGCGCCUCUGAGAAGGGACCUUUACUAUGUGGUAAGGAUGGAAGCGUGGGUAGAAUAUGAAGAUGAAAUGAGACCCAGUAGCUGCCUUCAAGGGAGAAGCAGACAUUCACAGAAAUAAUUGCAACACAAGACUCCUGUGGGUUUUACCAGAGCUCUCUAUCAAAAUCAACUCACAUCAUUGAGAAGAUAAUUUUGAUGACAUGUUUUGCUGAAAAGACAACUGAGAAAAAUUUUACGAAUGGGAUGAACACGUGCCAGUUGAUUGACUACCUACUGCAAUUUGAAUGUUAGCAUUACCCACCUGGUACAGUUACCUAGUGAUGUACCUGUUCUCACAAUACCCUAUUUCAGUGUGCUUGUCUUGAUUAAAGAAUUCAAAGUGGAGUACCGCAAACUUGAUAUGGAUAAUAAAAAGAAAGACAAGGACAAAUCAGAUGAUAGAAUGGCACGACCUAGUGGUCGGUCGGGACACAAUACUCGAGGAACUGGGUCUUCGUCCUCUGGAGUUUUAAUGGUUGGACCUAACUUUAGAGUUGGAAAAAAAAUUGGAUGUGGCAAUUUUGGAGAAUUACGAUUAGGGAAAAAUUUAUACACAAAUGAAUAUGUGGCAAUUAAACUGGAGCCUAUGAAAUCCAGAGCACCACAGCUACAUUUGGAAUACAGAUUCUACAAGCAGUUAGGAUCUGGAGAUGGUAUACCUCAAGUUUACUAUUUUGGCCCUUGUGGUAAAUACAAUGCUAUGGUGCUGGAACUGCUAGGACCUAGUUUGGAAGACUUGUUUGAUUUGUGUGACAGAACUUUUUCUCUUAAAACGGUUCUCAUGAUAGCUAUCCAACUGAUUUCUCGCAUGGAAUAUGUCCAUUCAAAGAACUUGAUAUACAGAGAUGUAAAACCUGAGAACUUCUUAAUAGGACGACCAGGAAACAAAACCCAGCAAGUUAUACAUAUUAUAGAUUUUGGUUUGGCAAAGGAAUAUAUUGAUCCGGAGACAAAGAAACACAUACCAUACAGAGAACACAAGAGCCUUACAGGAACAGCUAGAUAUAUGAGCAUAAACACACAUUUAGGAAAAGAACAAAGUAGAAGAGAUGACUUAGAAGCUUUAGGUCAUAUGUUCAUGUAUUUUCUGAGAGGCAGUCUUCCUUGGCAAGGUUUAAAGGCUGACACGUUAAAAGAGAGGUAUCAGAAAAUUGGAGAUACAAAACGAGCCACACCAAUCGAAGUGUUAUGUGAAAAUUUUCCAGAAGAAAUGGCAACAUAUCUUCGUUAUGUAAGAAGACUAGAUUUUUUUGAAAAACCGGACUAUGACUACCUAAGAAAGCUUUUUACUGACUUGUUUGAUCGAAAAGGAUAUAUGUUUGAUUAUGAGUAUGACUGGAUUGGUAAACAGUUGCCGACUCCAGUGGGUGCAGUUCAGCAAGAUCCUGCUCUAUCAUCAAACAGAGAAGCACAUCAGCACAGAGAUAAGAUACAACAGUCCAAAAACCAGUCGGCAGACCACAGGGCAGCUUGGGACUCCCAGCAGGCAAAUCCCCACCAUUUGAGAGCUCACCUUGCAGCAGACAGACAUGGUGGCUCGGUACAGGUUGUAAGUUCUACAAAUGGAGAGUUAAACACAGAUGAUCCUACUGCAGGACGUUCAAAUGCACCCAUCACAGCCCCUACAGAAGUAGAAGUGAUGGAUGAAACCAACUGCCAGAAAGUGUUGAACAUGUGGUGCUGCUGUUUUUUCAAACGAAGGAAAAGGAAAACCAUACAGCGCCACAAAUGACUCUGGACACAGACAGAUCAUGGGGAGUUACUUACGUGUUCAUCUGCUGUCUUGUGAUAAAAUCAUCUCUGUAGUGACCACAUAUAUUUUCAAGGACUCACUCUUAGAAACAAAAAUGUCAUACUUUCAUACUUCAUUUUGUGGUUGUCUUACAUUCAUAUUUUUUCUAAUUUAACUUUUAUGGAAGCUUUAAAGUUUUGUCAAAACAUGAGUGCUUUGCCCAUCAGUGAAUGGAAUGGACCAAUGAGGUGGUGUUGGUGAAUACAGUUCUAUAGAACAUUUUCAGAAGCUCUCCUCCUGUUGUAGAAAGCAGUACAGUAUCUUCAGUGUCAACCAGUUAUCUACCGAAUCUGGUUUUUUAUAACUUCUGUAAGAGCAUAAUCAAACAGGAAUUUUCUCCCCAGUGGAUAACGCAACAGAGAAAACAGAGUUGCCCACAUAUCUAAAAGAAGUUAUUCCUUGAGAAGUUCGUUUUUUGUGUGACAUCUGCAUUGAUUUCAGUCUUACUGAUGGUACUGCUGUUCAUGAGGCAUCUUAACAUUCUCUCUCUGAAAUCAUGGUACAGCCACUGCCCAGAGGUACUGAGGAAAAAGCUCUAUGGGUUCGGCGGAUGGUAGUAGUAAAAUGAAUUGCGAGUAGUGUGGUAAAUAUGAGCUCUGCUUUUGUUGCACCACUAUGUGAAGUACAGUGUUGCCGAAGUGGCAAAAGCGCUUAUUUUAAAAAAUGCAAAAUAUUUGUAUAAUGUAACUUUUUGCUUCCAGAUAAUAAUGUAUGUUAGACAGCAAGAAAUGAAUACUUCAAGAAAUAAGACAUGUUGGAGUUUUAAAAAAAAAAUACACUAAGGAGAAGAAAUAAAUGUGAAUCUCAUUGCAAUGUGUAAAGUUGAAGUCUAAGGAGAUCCCACUGAAACCUACUGCUGAAUGAUUACGUUCUCCUUAAGCAGAAAACUUUCGAUGUGCCAUGUAAUGGUGUCUGUUUAUCAAUUAUUUGCUCUUUGAUAAAAAAGAAAGACCCCCAGCAAUAAAAACUGGGUCACUCUAUUGCCCUCUGUGCACAUUAGUCUCUUGUAUUCAACUUUGCUGGUUCUCGGGAAUUUUCCUACUUUUUAGCAGAAUUUUGAUGAUUGAAAACUAUUUUGGAGAGGAGGGAUCAGGUGCUUUGCCUCCGUAGUCUUUUGAAGUGCCUGCAUACGAACAAAGCGACGGUUCUGUAAACAAGGAAACCCAGUCCACUUUUCAAGUAUGCUUUGUUUUAAACCAUAAAGACACAGGUGUACUUUGUCACAUCCUACUAGCCAGAAUUUUCAAGAAGAGUUAAAACAAAAAGACUGGCUAGAAAUACAGUUAUGUUGCCCAAUCUCAUAUCCAACUUUCAUUUAUAAAAUGGUUACUUACUCCUUCCGUGCAGCCCCUUCUUUGUCUUUAAGUGCCUGCCUCCAGGCGUGCUUAUUUAUUUUUAUUGUCUCAAGGUAACAUUUAAAAUGUGUAAUUAAAGUAAAUAAAUCUACAUUUUUGACUUCAUUAUUGCAUUUACAGGGAUUUAAUUGUGCUUUGUAAUUUAUUUUUCUUAUUAGCCAAAAGCAGUGCAUUGUUUUUGAUGAAUUAGGCACCCAUAUGAAUACUGUAAAUCAAGACAUUGUUCAUCAUUGUUGCUCUGAAUCCUAUGAAUGAUCUUUUUAAGUUCUUGAUUUUAAAGACCUACACUCAGCCUAGAAAACAUUUGCUGUAUAAUUUGGUCAACAGUUUCCAUUCUAUCUAUUUGUAUACUGUCAUGAUGUCUUAAACUACAGGAGUUACAUACUGAGUUUUUAUUUUUGUUUGCUUUGAGCAAGGUAGAUGGAUGUUUUGGCCAUUAUAAUGUGAAACCACUUCUUUCUUUACAGUAUUUGACCAAAUUUGUGUGUCUAUGAUAUUUGUAAAUACAUGCAAUAUCUGUAUUUCUUAUCAUAAGCCUAUUUAGUUUUAUUCUCAGUAGGGUUUUUGGACUGUACAGUGUUUAUAUGAUCUGAACUCCUUAUACAUAAGAAGGUGUGUAUAUUAAUCCAAUUAUGGACUUAAAAUAUUUUAAAAGUAUAAAUACCCUUAUUUGCUGCAAAGACCAGUGUGUAGACAUUUGCUUUUUAGCAAUAUUUUUAAGUGCUCCAUUUUAAUGCCAAGGAAUAAGUCUUUUGGCAACACAAACUGGUCAAUAAUAGGUAAUGCAGGUAUGUUCAGGUUAAGCCAACAAUGUUUUGCAUUUUUAUGCUUCUUUUCUGUCAACACUAAUGAAGUCAACAUUGCCUGAAUGUCUGAAUAAUGAAACACAUCCCUGUUUAAAAGUAUGUAACUGAAAAAGAAAUAAAAAAUAAAGGUAGUUUUUUUAAACUU